AUGCAAGCCAAAGGGACUCCUACAACGCAGCGCCAAAAACUGCCUCGACAACCAGCAGCGACCCAGACUACAAGGGGCAAUGUCCAACUUAACUGCACAAGAAAGAGGCGCACCACGAUGCCUAAAAUGGCAGGAGCAGCAGAUGACCUCCACAAUUACAGCUACAGCCAACGAACACACCAAAAGGUGGGACCCACAACCGGGACUAUACUCUACCUACCAAGAGGGCCACCUACUCGCACUGAGACACCUCUCUCCCACACUACUGGACCAUGGGGAGCGAAGAGCGAACCACCGCCACAACGAACAGCGCAGAGGGAACUCACCCAGCCCCAGCAAGGCAUCGGCUGA